AUGUCAAGUGCUAGCACUUCUCAACAUGAAGUUGAACUUCCUGGUCUCGAUCUAAGACUGAUUUCUGCAAACACUGAAGCUUCCAAAUGGACUGCAGCAUUCCGGCGAAUUUUCCUGCAGUCGAUCGCUCGCACUAUUCAAAUCGAAUUCGUCGGUGCACCACCACAUUUUUGUUUUGAAGAAUACGAGGUACGAUUACUCGAUGAGACGGGUAUCGAACUACUGCAUCAUACAACCAUCAAAGCUAAAGAUAUGAAAAAAGAGAUUAUCGACGGGAAAGUCGUCUACUUUGGAGAACAUAAUUUUACGGGAUUAGAGGUGGGUGAUUUGAUCUUGAGAGAACGAAACUUCAUUACUGAGUGAAU